GACCCUUCCGGCGCUGUAGCGAGGAUGGCGGCGGAGAAUCACUGCGAGUUCCCGGUUCCCUCCAUGGGCGUCCUCGGCCUAGCGGGGACAGGCGGGCCCUGCCGCCGCUGUAGCUCUGGGCCCUCCCCUAGUGGGGUCCCAGGUAAAUGGGUCCGGCUGAACGUGGGGGGCACCUGCUUCCUCACCACCCGGCAGACGCUCUGCAGGGACCCCAAGUCCUUCCUCUUCCGCCUCUGCCAAGCCGACCCCGACCUGGACUCGGACAAGGAUGAAACAGGUGCCUAUUUAAUAGACAGAGACCCGACCUACUUUGGGCCAGUACUGAACUAUCUCAGACAUGGAAAACUCGUUAUUAACAAGGACCUAGCUGAGGAAGGUGUAUUGGAAGAAGCUGAAUUCUACAACAUCACAUCACUAAUAAAAUUGGUAAAGGACAAAAUAAGAGAGAGAGACAGCAAAAUCUCACAGGUGCCAGUCAAACACGUGUACAGGGUGCUGCAGUGUCAGGAGGAGGAGCUCACCCAAAUGGUCUCCACCAUGUCUGAUGGCUGGAAAUUUGAACAGUUGGUCAGUAUUGGUUCUUCCUAUAACUAUGGAAAUGAAGAUCAGGCUGAAUUUCUGUGUGUCGUCUCGAAGGAGCUGCAUAAUACCCCCUAUGGCACAACCAGCGAGCCCAGUGAAAAAGCAAAGAGCGAGGAUGAAGAGACGGAUUACGAUAUGAAUGACUCAGAUUAAGUGUAAAUGUCAUGAUUUUGCAAGAGCGAGGUUCCAGGAUGUGAAGACCAUAUUGAACACUGAAGAAUAUUUCUUUUAUUCCAAGAUGCAGUGAAUUAUCACAUUGAAGAGGCUUGGCUGUAAGAGGAAGAAAUCUGCUUUAGAUAAUUUUCUAUUGAUCUGGAUUGAACCAUUUAUGCCUGUAAGCUGGUAUAGACUGAAUUUGCUGGCUGAAAACAUCGCAAGAUUAUUGAAUGGGAAGAGAUGAUGUGAGAGAUGUGUUAAUCUUGGUUCUAGUGCAUGGUUGUACUCCCUCAUAGGCUGAAUUAUAUUGGUCACAUAGAAAGAAACAAUCAUGCACUCAUUUUCCUCUGAGACAUGUAGCACUUACAUCUGGUGCUGGGUGUUCCAAUGUUGAUCAGUUUGAAGUGAUUUGGGUAUUAAUAAUUGCAAACAGUUAAAGGACACUGUAUUUGGUGCUACAUAUAUAUUACAGCCCAUAAAUGCAAAUAUUUGGGCCUACAUAGUUGGUUUUGGAAUCAAUGACAACCCUGGUUUACUAUCUUAUACUGCACAUUCCUUAUGGCUCAGUGACACAUUUUCUAUUAGGUAAGAAUGGAGUAGAAGAUCAAGUGAGACUACCUUGUAAAAAGUUACACCCCAGACAAAAGAUUCCCAUAAAGAAUAGGUGUAAAAUACUGACUGGGUUGAUGGCUUAUUUUAAUAGUCAAAGGGAAUACUAAACUUGGAAAAAAUGUCUUUUGUCUGAGUCAUCUCUGAUGUUUCUGCUGUCAAAAUAACUUCCUCCUGCAAAAGUUAAGCUCCAGGCUUAGCCAAAUGUUUGAAAGGAAAAUCAAAAUUUCUUAAAUUGUCACAACUGAACAUCUUGUCUCUUUUGAAAUGUUUGUUGCUAACCAAACGUUGUACAUUUUAGAAAUGCCUACAAGUGUCAAGCUCCUCUUGGAUUUUGUUGGAUAUUUUAAGAGCUGGAGUUUGUGUAGCUACAUGGCUGGAUAGUGUUAGAUUCUGAUCUCGGUGAAUGGGUUUAAAGUUACCCUAAGAGCAAACACAGCUCACCCAAUUAAAAAUCUGAAUUAAUUGCUUUGAAUUUUCAGGAUGUUUACAGUCCAUCUCUCUACAUUGUUUCAACUAUGCAGUUCUUUAUGAUGUUUCUAAGAAUGCUGCCUGAAAACAUUUUCACACAGCUGCAUUAGGACAGGCCUGUGGUAAAUGUUAACACACAAGACUGGAGCUUUUUAGUUCAUUGCGUUUUAAACAAAAUCAGUAGCAUGACUCUUUGAAACAGAUUUAACUAAAUUGAUUGUAGAAAAGUAAAACUCUCGAUUCUUGAAGCUUCAUUGGCUUGCGUAGCUCUAGGUGGAGCAGUGGAUGGGAGUUUAAACUGGAUUGUCCAAGACGAUCUGGAAUUCUAAAAGCAUUUUAAACUGUUUCAUUAAAUAACUUCAGAAUUUUUACAUAUACCAUAUCCUCUACCAGUAAAAUGUGUAAUCCUCCACAUGAAAACCAGUUUCUCAAGCGUCUUGGGUCUACCUAUAUUUUUUAAGACUUAUUGUACAUUGAUAAGUUUGGCAUAAGCAAUUUGUAAAACCAUUUCUAGAAAGCAGGUUAUGCAGUGGGCUAAAUGUUUUGUCAUGCAUCUAAUGCUUGAAAGAGUUUGUAAAACAUUUUGCCACUUGGAUGCGGUCUGCACAGGAAGCUGCUGGCCCCUGCACAAUACCACAUUAAUAUGUUUUGUCUUUUUUUAAGACGUUAGGACCUAAUUGAAUUUACUAAAAUGUAAUUAUUCUGUAGGGGGAAAUGUUUAUACUUUUAUACUUUUUUUUGUAGGCAUCCAUGUUUUAUCAGCCUCAAGUUAAUGCCUAAAUUUCCCCUAAAUAGUAACAGAUAAUCUUGUGUAUCUAAUCAUAACGAUUGUUUUUCUUAAAAUGCAUACUAAAGCAUUUCCUUUGCUGGAAAAGUCACUGUGUUUAAGCAGCUGGACACGACCCAUGUUCUUCAGGUUCCAUGGCUCAUGGAAUUGUGGCCUUUAAAGCUUCCUAUUUUCCUGCUGGGCCCUACAGAGUAAAUUCAGCAUUGGAUUAAAUGGCUUUUAAUGCCUUAUAAUAAUUAAAAAUAUAUAUUGAUAUCAUUCCAAAAUCUGCAUUUUUGUGUGUUGUCUUCUGUUAAACAAAAGAAGGCAGAAGAUUUGAUUUUCAUAAACUACCUGAGAUCCUUAAGGAUUGCAGAAGCAAAACAUGAGUAAGAAACUGAGAAAAUUGAAACAACUUGGAGGAUAUAUAUGAAAAGGGACCACUUUUAGAGAGUGGCAUUUUCACUGGAAUACUUUAUGGUAUAAUAAAUUUCCUUUUUUUUUUUUUGGUGUGAUUAUCUGCACCCUAGUUUACAUUGUCCCUUGUAGUAGCAAAAAUUAUUUUGGGGAAGAGUUUGAAUCAUUAACAUUUUGCACUUUCUCUGAUACCUCACAGAGCUAUUGUGUCUCACUUCAG